UCUAAAGCGAUCGCAUUUGCAUCGCGUUUCCUCUCGUUGCGGAGGAGGAGAUAGAGAGAAAAAGGGAGCGAUCGGCGAAGAAAGAAUCGAAGCCUAACGAAACGAAAGCGAUAAACGGAAACAAACAGCCAGAAAGAGGAGAAUCUGAACCCUAGCAGUUACAGUUUCUCGUGCGAUCUCGUAGUCAAUCGCUCGCAAUCCAAUGGGCGACGCGUACUGCUCGGACUGCAAGAGAGCGACGGAGGUGGUGUUCGACCACUCGGCCGGGGAUACGGUGUGCUCGGAGUGCGGUCUGGUGCUGGAAUCGCACUCCAUCGACGAGACGUCCGAGUGGAGGACCUUCGCCAACGAGUCCGCCGACAACGACCCCGUCCGUGUCGGCGGCCCGACGAACCCGCUCCUCACCGAUGGCGGCCUCUCCACCGUCAUAUCCAAGCCCAACGGCGUCACCUCCGACUUCCUGUCCUCUUCCCUCGGUCGCUGGCAGAACCGCGGCUCCAACCCCGAUCGCUCCCUCAUCUUGGCCUUCAAGACCAUCGCCACCAUGUGUGAUAGGUUGGGGCUGGUCGCAACCAUAAAGGAUCGGGCCAAUGAAAUAUACAAGAAGGUAGAAGAUCAGAAAUCUAGUAGAGGAAGAAACCAAGAUGCUAUUUUGGCUGCUUGCCUGUACAUUGCUUGUCGGCAAGAAGACAAGCCACGAACUGUAAAGGAAAUAUGCUCUGUCGCCAAUGGAGCGACAAAGAAGGAAAUUGGCCGUGCAAAAGAGUACAUAGUGAAACAACUAGAGCUUGAGAUGGGCCAAUCCGUGGAGAUGGGCACCAUACAUGCUGGGGAUUUUAUGAGGCGCUUUUGUUCAAAUCUUGGUAUGAACAAUCAAGCAGUUAAAGCUGCCCAAGAAGCUGUCCAGAAGUCAGAAGAGUUUGAUAUAAGGAGGAGCCCUAUAUCAAUUGCAGCUGCUGUCAUUUACAUUGUAACCCAACUUUCAGAUGAUAAGAAACCCCUCAAAGAUGUCUCAAUUGCAACUGGAGUUGCAGAAGGGACAAUCAGAAAUUCAUACAAGGACCUGUUCACCCAUAUUUCAAAGAUAAUACCUAGCUGGUAUGCCAAAGAGGAGGACCUUAAGAACCUCAGCAGCCCUUGAAAACGUAGCAAACAAUUUCUCUGGAAACAAUCAUUUCCAAGAUGGUAUUGGUACAGACGGCGCCCUAUAUAUGUUUUGGAUUGUAUGCCAUGGACAUACAAACAAAUUGAAUCUCUUUUCCCACCCACCCCAUAGGCUGAGUAUACUACAUUGCGUUUAUGGAUUAUCUCCGAACUGACCACAUAAGCUAAUACCAAUUUUUCAGAGUUUUUAA